UCCAUUUCCUGUGACAGCCAGGAAACUCAUAUAAGAAAAAUAAAUAAAAGUGGAUGGAUGGUGUCCCGUAAACCCAGAGGUUGUAUUGAUAUUAUCUGGCCAAAUCUCGACGACUUAAAAUUCAACCUGGAUCGUUUUAAUGGACAAAUAAGGGGUACCAGUGCCCGCACAGAUACCACAGGAAUGGAUAUCACAAGUCGCUGCACCCUUGGUGACCCCAACAAGCUCCCAGAGGGAGUUCCUCAGCCUGCCAGGAUGCCCUACAUCUCAGACAAGCACCCUCGGCAGACCCUGGAGGUCAUCAACCUGCUCCGGAAGCACCGAGAGCUGUGUGACGUGGUUUUGGUGGUGGGAGCCAAGAAGAUCUAUGCACACCGUGUGAUCCUGUCCGCCUGCAGCCCCUACUUCAGAGCCAUGUUCACGGGGGAACUGGCCGAGAGCCGACAGACAGAAGUUGUGAUCCGGGAUAUCGAUGAACGAGCCAUGGAGCUGCUCAUCGACUUUGCUUAUACCUCGCAGGUGACUGUGGAGGAGGGUAAUGUGCAGACUUUGCUGCCCGCUGCCUGCUUGUUGCAACUGGCAGAGAUUCAGGAAGCCUGCUGUGAAUUCCUGAAGCGGCAAUUGGACCCCUCCAACUGCUUAGGCAUCAGGGCCUUCGCCGACACUCACUCCUGCAGAGAGCUGCUGCGCAUUGCUGAUAAGUUCACCCAGCAUAACUUUCAGGAGGUGAUGGAGAGUGAAGAGUUCAUGCUGCUGCCAGCCAAUCAGCUGAUAGACAUCAUCUCCAGUGAUGAGCUCAAUGUUCGGAGUGAGGAGCAGGUGUUUAAUGCUGUAAUGGCUUGGGUUAAAUACAGCAUCCAGGAGCGCAGGCCUCAGCUGCCACAGGUUCUGCAACAUGUGCGUCUUCCCCUUUUGAGCCCGAAGUUUCUGGUUGGGACGGUGGGUUCAGAUCCUCUAAUCAAGAGUGAUGAGGAGUGUAGAGACUUGGUUGAUGAAGCCAAGAACUACCUCCUGCUACCCCAAGAGCGCCCCCUAAUGCAGGGACCUCGAACCCGGCCCAGAAAGCCUAUCCGUUGUGGAGAAGUACUGUUUGCUGUGGGAGGUUGGUGCAGCGGUGAUGCUAUCUCAAGCGUUGAGCGCUACGACCCUCAGACCAAUGAGUGGAGGAUGGUGGCGUCCAUGAGCAAGCGGCGCUGUGGAGUUGGUGUCAGUGUUCUGGAUGAUCUGUUGUAUGCAGUUGGCGGCCAUGACGGCUCAUCUUAUCUCAAUAGUGUGGAGAGGUAUGAUCCUAAGACGAACCAGUGGAGCAGUGACGUGGCCCCUACUAGCACCUGCAGGACCAGUGUGGGUGUUGCUGUAUUAGGAGGGUAUCUGUAUGCCGUGGGAGGUCAGGAUGGAGUUUCCUGUCUCAACAUUGUCGAAAGGUAUGAUCCGAAAGAGAAUAAGUGGACUCGUGUUGCCUCGAUGAGCACCAGGCGGUUGGGUGUAGCUGUAGCUGUGUUAGGAGGUUUUCUUUACGCGGUAGGCGGUUCAGAUGGCACAUCCCCGUUAAACACAGUGGAGCGGUAUAACCCUCAAGAGAACCGCUGGCAUACAGUGGCACCCAUGGGCACCCGUCGGAAACACCUUGGCUGUGCUGUAUACCAGGACAUGAUCUACUCUGUGGGCGGCAGAGACGAUACCACAGAACUGAGCAGCGCAGAGCGAUACAAUCCCAGAACUAAUCAGUGGUCACCUGUGGUCGCAAUGACGUCCAGAAGAAGCGGGGUAUGUGAAUCUUUGAACUUGUUUCAGCCAUUUAAAAAAAGGAAUUGCCCAGCAAAUCAAUUCUCUCUGUUGUUCAAGGUUGGUUUAGCAGUAGUAAAUGGCCAGCUGAUGGCAGUUGGAGGAUUUGAUGGUACCACAUACCUAAAAACUAUAGAGGUCUAUGAUCCUGAUGCCAACACAUGGAGGCUCUAUGGAGGAAUGAACUACAGGAGGUUGGGAGGUGGCGUUGGUGUAAUAAAAAUGACUCACUGUGAAUCACAUAUAUGGUAACACAUACAGUAUCCAUCUCUCAGAUGCCUCACCAUAGCUCGUGCCUCAUAGAGACAUUGUACAUCAUGCAAGAGGAAACUGAGUAUUGUCUCCAGUUACUGAGAUGGCAAAGGUACCAUCUCCUGAAGCUGCUCUGAGGAGACUCACCUGGCCAUAGAGCAUUACUCCAUUUUUGUUUUUACAUUUGGUUUCUCUUUCAUACCUGAGAGUAGCCAAAGGCAAUGUUUUGAAAAGAGAAACGGCAGCUGGAAAAACAUCAGCCAGAGUAUUGUUUUUUUUUCUGGAAGGAAUCGGGCUUCUGCCGGUCUGUUUGACUGCAUUGAAGAAUAACUACAGUAACCAGAAACACACAUCACUGGGGAUUGGUGUGAAUGAUGCUCGUUCUUCCAAAUGAGCAAAUAUUUCCCCUGAUAGAUGCUCUAGUCUGAAUUGGAUGCACUGUGAUAUCUUUACCAUUUCUUUAAGUUUAGGUUUUUAUAAUGAGUUGAACACUGAGCAUUAACUGUUCCUCUGCAUUUUACCAGAUGUAAGCAGAUAAGUUGAUUUUUUUUUUCCUCUCUCUCAUUCUUUGGUUUACUGAAAAUGCAGUCCCUCCUGAAACAUUGCAAUCUCAUGAAGGCUGUAAAAGAAGAAAAUGAUUAUCGAUUUGUUUUCUUUUAUACAUCUGAAUGCAUCAUUGAACCAGUCCAUGCACUUUAAUCCUCUAAGAGUUUUUCUAUUAAAGUUUGUAUUAUUAUAAUUAUUUUAAAUAUUGUUGGAUGUAUUGUUUUAUGCAAGUAUGAGGACCCAAGGUAAAAAUAGAUUUUUCAUAAUCUGAAAUUUUUGAACAAACAGGUUUGCAGUAGUAGCCUGCUCGUAUGCUCAGAAACUUAAUGUAGAGCGUGUUACUGAAUGUGAGAUGAAUCUCUUAGAAUUGUUACAACUGCCCUUACUUUUUUUUUUAAAGAACACUUGUUUUCCCACAGGACAGUUAUGUGUUCUAAUAUUGGUGUUGAAAUACGGUUACAUAAAAUAUAUCAUCCAUGAUUUUAAGAUGUACAACCAUCUAUACAUUUCAAAACUCUGAAAGUGGAAAUAAAAUAUCCCAAAAAGUAAAAAAAAAUAA